AUGUAUUUUACUACUGACGUCCGUGGCUAGAUGAUGGCUUGCAGUACGGUUCAACCUCUUCUCAAAAAAGACAAGCUAAACGAAUAUUGGGGAGGUCUGACUGAAAUGAUAAAGUUAAACAAGGAAGAGGAUAUUAUGUAUUUCUGUCACUGUACUCGUAUUAGAGCGAGAGAUGGAAUUACCAGCAAAGGUGUUAUAUAUGGCUCCAGCACGGAUUUUCCAUCAUCUGCGCCAUUAGCGAGUAACGAAGAAAUGACAGGAACGUGGUUUAGUCUAUCCAGUGCUGAACUACCGAGUAAAUCACCUUAUGGCACACAGAGAAUAAAGUUUCCUUCUCAUGAUUUUAUGUCCUAUCUUACGGAAAAAGGACAAAACACAAAUUCGAAUGAUCCAAUUAAUAGCACUGGUGAAUCAGCGAUGCUAGAGGAUGGUAAAGUCGCAAAGGAACCCAUGUUGUUUUUCGAAUGUGCACAUCACUAUGGAAAGAGGCAAUACGCUCGAUUACUUCUUGUUCGUGCGUCUGAUCCAAUGGUCGCGUGGUGUAAAAGCAUGUGCAAAGAAAUUAAUUUGAGUGACAAUCCAUUUCUUAAAUACAGUAAUGAAAGAGUCAGGUCUCGUGCACACGGAAGCUGGAUAGACGUUACUGUUGAUGUUUUCGUUGCUGGAGAUAUACACUUGGACCAAAUGAAACAUAGACCUCGAUGGGACAAAGUUGGGACGUUGACACGAGCUGGUGUUGACCCUGUUCUUGGACUGUGUUGAAUAUAGAAUACAUACAACUUCAGUAUUAGCUAGAUGACUAUUUUUCUUUCGAGUGUUCAUCAUUAUAGCAUCUUUUCUACUUCAUAGUCAUGUACAUUCAUUCAACAGUGUUGAGUAUAGGCAUGUAUGAAACGUAUUGGUAGUUCAUUUUUAAAUAAGAGAAAUACAAGAACAAUUGAAACAGAAAUUAUCAUGUAUGUUUGAAGCAAUCUUUUUCAUAUUUAAUGUUUAUAUAUUGCACUUUGAGGGACGAGACAUUUUCAUUCAAUAUUUUUACUUAUCCUGUCUUCAUACUAAAUAAACUGUUGAGUCAU